UACUGCCUUCCUGUAUAAUAUAAAAAAUAAAAAUCCUCCCUGUAGUUUCUCGUCAGCAAAACCCCUCAGAAGCAGAGAUGGCAAGAUCGGGAUUGUUGGCUGUUACUCUGCUGUGGACUUUAGUCCUUUUUGGAACCCUAGCAGUCACCCAGGCGAAGAAAUCGAAAGCAGAUUUAAAGGAGAUUACCCAUAAAGUUUACUUUGAUGUUGAGAUUGAUGGAAAACCAGCUGGUCGCAUUACCAUGGGACUAUUUGGCAAGACAGUUCCAAAAACCACAGAAAAUUUCCGGGCACUGUGCACCGGGGAAAAGGGUAUUGGAAAGGCUGGGAAACCGCUUCACUACAAGGGGAAUGUAUUCCACAGGAUUAUUCCCAGCUUUAUGAUCCAAGGAGGUGAUUUUACACUUGGUGAUGGAAGAGGGGGGGAAUCAAUUUACGGGGAGAACUUUGCUGAUGAGAAUUUCAAGUUGAAGCACACUGGCCCUGGGAUUUUAUCAAUGGCAAAUGCUGGUCCUGAUACAAAUGGUUCACAAUUCUUCAUCACAACAGUGACAACUAGCUGGUUGGAUGGAAGACAUGUUGUGUUUGGUAAGGUCAUGUCUGGAAUGGAUGUGGUUUACAAGAUGGAAGCUGAAGGCAGGCAAAAUGGCACCCCCAAGAGCAAGGUAGUCAUUGUAGACAGCGGCGAACUCCCUCUAUAAGUGUUCACCACCCUUGCCCCGGGAACCCACAUAAAUUGGUGGCAGCGGGAGUUAUUUUCACCUCAUGUACAAAGAAGGCCGCUUAAGGUGAAAUCGUUGUGCACGGAGCUUUUAAGUUUGUUUUAAAUGGCCGCUAUAAAAUGCUUUCACGUGCUGACAAUGUACCAAAUGCAACUCGAAGAUUACCAGUGAUGGAUUGUUAUUUGGCUCAUAACUAUUUUGAUGCAUCAAGUACAGAAGAUUUUGGUUA